AUGUCGCUCACGUCUACCAACUCCCCUCGCGAAUCUCUUCCACACCCCGCCCGUUCUCGAUGCAAAGAAGGAUACAUCAAGGCGAGCUCGCUACCGAGUCCUGACUUUCUGGACGCGUCCUCCCAUUCAUUCGGCUGGCAGUGCGAUUUCUCCCUGCACCCGAUUUUGUCUCGGUCACAUUGA